CACGCGUACUUAUUGCCUCUUUUGGCUGUUGUCCUUGUCUACAUUUCUUAAAAGUGGGGUUAUGUAUAUAAAAAUAAUAAACAUUUACAAGUACCAUGGAUAAACGAAAUUUUAAAAUUCAUCCUCAAUAUUGUAGCAGUAUUGUGGUCUUUGGAGAAGAGCAUCCCACAAUUUUUAGACCACAAUUCAAACAUGGUGACGGUGAUGCUAGACAAAAUGCGAUAUGUUGGGAGAAUCUAGUACAAUCAUUAAAUUCGAUGGGAUUUGGGUUUAGGAGUGUGGAGAAAUGGAAAAUGGUUUGGUUUUUAUAUCAUGACCGUAUCUAUAUCGUGCUUGAUGCACAAAUUAUAGACAGUAGUUUACCACUUAGGUUUACUAUAUACAACUGGAAAAAAACUUUGAUUAUUUUAAAGUUCUUUGAGAAUUUGUGUUAAGCCUUCAAAGCACAUUCCAGUUUCAACAGCU